AAGCAGGCAAUGGAAAAAUACUUUUACUUGAGGCGGGAGCAUAUGAAGGAAUUGAUGUUUCAUUAAUGAUUCAUCCAACGAUGAUGGACGGUGCCUUCGCUAAAACUCUGGCAGCUCAACCUUUUAGCGUUGAGUACUUUGGAAAACCAGCCCAUGCAUCCG